AAUGAAAAGCCACGGAUUAAGUGAAGUUAAUCAUGAUAUAGGCGCGGUUAGGCAGACUCCAUCGCCUCCACCUAUACAACAAUAAUUUGGAAACACACACCAACAAUAAUUCAUCCUGCAAUUGCAGAACACAGAUCUCUGCAAUUAAUCCACAAUGUCCAACAGGAAAUGAAAAUCCAACAAUUCAAUCCAAAUCCAACAACACAAAAUAAACAAUGUCAUCUAAGAAGGACGCAGUGUUCAUCAUCAGCCUCGUAAUCCUGUGGUACUCUACCAACAUCGGCGUCCUCCUCCUCAACAAAUUCCUCCUCUCCAACUAUGGCUUCUCCUUCCCCAUCUUCCUCACAAUGUGCCACAUGUCCGCCUGUGCCGUCCUCAGCUACAUCUCCAUCAUCUUCCUCAAACUCGUCCCCUUCCAGCGCCUCAAAUCGCGCUCCCAAUUCUUCCGAAUCGCCACCCUCAGCAUCGUGUUCUGCGCCUCCGUCGUCGGCGGCAACAUCUCCCUCAAGUUCCUUCCCGUCUCCUUCAAUCAGGCCGUCGGCGCCACCACUCCCUUCUUCACCGCGCUAUUUGCGUAUCUCAUGACGCAGAAGCGGGAGGCCUGGGCUACCUAUGCCUGCCUCAUCCCUGUCGUGGCUGGCGUCGUCAUUGCUAGUGGGGGCGAGCCCAGCUUCCAUUUGUAUGGAUUUAUUAUGUGUAUAAGCGCAACUGCAGCAAGAGCCUUCAAGUCAGUGCUUCAGGGGGUCCUUCUUUCUAGUGAAGGGGAAAAGCUAAACUCCAUGAAUUUGAUGCUUUAUAUGGCACCAAUUGCUGUUGUAGUUUUGAUCCCAGCUGCGUUUGUAAUGGAGCCUGAUGUGCUCGACUUAGUUGUCACGCUUGGAAAGGAACAUAAAUUCAUGUGGACUUUUCUUUUCGUCAAUUCAACAAUGGCUUAUGGGGCGAACUUGUGCAAUUUCCUGGUGACUAAGCAUACAAGUGCCCUAACGCUCCAAGUUUUAGGAAAUGCUAAAGGUGCAGUGGCGGUUGUCAUCUCGAUCCUCAUCUUCAGAAACCCAGUCACCUUCAUCGGUAUUGCUGGUUACACCAUGACAGUCAUGGGUGUCGUUGCCUAUGGAGAGUCCAAGAGGAGACUCAAAUGAGCUUUCGUGGUGCUAUUCUUUGCGCGUGAUCUUAUCCUAUGUUCAGUAGGAAUAUAUAGAGGCAUCUAUUUUAAUUGCAACUACAAGAGACUUAAAGAUCAGUGCUUGCACAUUGUUGUGCAAAACCAGCUUUAGAUAGUUAGAUAGAGUUUAUUUUUUGGCAGUUCCAAUUUGCAUUAUAUCA